GUUCUUUAAACGCACCUGAACAAUAUGAUCAAACUGGUAUUUAUCUUCACUUUCGUAGUGGCAGGGCUUGCAGCUCCACAGUACUACAACAAAGCUGUAACCCAAAGACCAGUUGCUAUUCUUCGUUCAGAAAAUGACAUCUACCCUGAUGGUAGCUAUAAAUAUGCUUAUGACACUGAAAAUGGAAUCUCAGCCCAAGAAAAUGGCCAGCCUAGUAACUCGGGACCCGACGCCGGAACUGCUGCUCAGGGUUCCUUCCAAUAUACCUCCCCUGAAGGGAUACUCGUCCAAAUCCAGUACAUCGCUGAUGAAAAUGGUUUCCAACCAGUUGGAAACGUUUUACCAGGUUCUCAGUCUACUAUCUACAGAACCUAUUAGUAUUUAAAUAACGUGAUAAUUGUUGUCUUUGGAACAACAUGUUGUAAAUUAAAUUAUAUAAUUUUAUAAAAAUUAAUGUAGUUUUA